AUGACCGAUAACGAUAGUCCAAACGCCGCCAAUUGUGUGGCACGUUUCUUCAGCAGAAGUUUCGCAACGACUACUAGGCUGCCAAUUGGAGCUGCCCCAACGUGCGCCACAAUGUCAUCCACAAACACACUCAUGGUGGCGGCACUCAAAGGGGAGUUGCGAAGAGAAAGUAGUUGGACGCAAGAGCGGAAAGCGGAGAGCGGCAGUCUCUUUUCCCGUUGGCGCAACUCAACGAAACUCUCUCGGCAGCCGAAAGAGCACAGAGAGCGGCGUGUGGACCGCAUUGGGUGGCGAUGCGGGUUGUUGCUGGCACAGAUUUUGGUGACAGUUUGAAAGGGCUUAAUGUCUGCAAAGUUUUGCAUUUGUUGCUGCCACAGAAAAGAAAAAUGUAAUAUGAUUAUUUAUUUUUAAACGGUGUCAAAA